GCGGCGGCGGCGGCCUGCCGGGCCCUGCCCGCUGCAGGAGCGGGCGUCAUGCGAGCUGCCCAGGAGCGCAGCCAGGAGUGCCUGCCGCCCAAGAAACGAGACCUCCCCGCCAGCACCACCACCAGCAGCAGCAGCAGCGAAGAGCGGGGGGCGGCGAGCGGCGAGCGGGCUCCGGGGGCGGAAUGGGCCCGGGCGGCGGCGGCGGCGACCACGACGACAUCCGGCGGGCCGAGCCAGGCGCCGCCUUCCCGAUACAGCGAAAGCGGCAGUGGCGGCCCGCCCGAGGCAGUGGCCGGCCUGACCGUGGACCAGUACGGCUUGCUGUACAAAGUGGCCGCAGUGCCGCCGGCCACCUUCUCACCGGUGGUGAACGUGAGCCCGCUGCCCCCGGCCUUCAGCAUGCCCUCCCCGCUGCUGCAGCAGCACCCGGCGAUCCAGUACUCGCCCAUCCAUUACACCCCGCUCCCCCCGGCGCCCUUGCAGUUCGUGGGCUCGCCCUACUCGCUGCCCUACACUGCUGCCGCCGUGCCUCCUGGCUUCCUGCCCGGCCACUUCCUGCCACCUCCGGCUGGCCUGGGCGCCCCCCACAUCCCCCACUUUGUGCCCUAUGCCCCCCUCCUGGCCGAAGACUCCGACUCUUCUCCCCAGGCAACCCCCGGCUUCGUCAAGACCUCCAGCUCGGCUCUGCCAGGCCCCCCUCUGCAGCCUCACGGAGGGAGCCAGCCGCUGGGCGUUUCCCAGGGCCGAAUUCCAGUCUAUUACCAGAUGUCGCACCUACCGGCAGGCUUCUCGGCAUUUGAGGCACCUGUUGCUGGCCUGAACCCAGAGCUGCCACCUCUGCAGGAGAGCCAGCUAGACCCCAAAGUCAUUACAGCCAACGGGGAGCAGAGGCCUGCCCCCCCAGGGGCGAAGGAGAGUGAGGUGGAAGGGUUGUGGCCCAGGGUGGUAGCGGUGGAGUGUGAGGCUGAGGGGCCCCUUUUAGCCAGUGCUCAGGUCGUAAGGACAGAGGUCUCCGUGCCGUCUCAGCGGAGCACCCCGGACACUGACCUGGAGGUGCAGAGGGUGGUGGGAGAGCUUACUUCUCAGGACUACCCUGCUUGUUCUGCUCAGCAGAAGGACAGCUCAAGCCCUCUCAACCUUUCCCAUCGCAAUCCCCCUGAGCAGAAGGGGGAGUCGGUGAGGAACGCAGUGGAGACUGCGCCUGCCAUCGUCACGGAAAAGCCCCCCCUGUGCAGACUGUCCCCGAGGUCCCCCGAGGAGCAGCUCUGCCCCAGGCGCGUCUUCAAAGGGCUGGCCGUGGCCAAUGGCAAGCCAGUCCCAGGACCCUUCCAGCCUGCACGUCAGGAUGGCCUGGGCACAGCAAGUCCCGAGGCGGCGCCCCCGGAGGCGGAGCGUGCCCACUCCCAGAGCCACGUGCCUUCCCACUUCAUGAAAGGGGCCAUUAUCCAGCUGGCCACUGGGGAGCUGAAGCGGGUGGAGGACCUCCAGACCCAGGACUUUGUGCGCAGCGCGGAAGUGAGUGGCGGCCUCAAGAUUGACUCUAGCACCGUGGUGGACCUCCAGGAGAGCCCCUGGCUGGGCUUUGUCACGCUGCGUUUUGUGGUUGGGGAGCAACAGAGCAAAGUGAGCAUUGAUGUCCCUCCUGAGCACCCCUUCUUUGUGUAUGGGCAGGGCUGGUCCUCCUGCAGCCCGGAGCGGACCGCCCGUCUCUUCUCGCUGCCCUGCCACAGGCUCCAGGUGGGUGACGUUUGCAUCUCCAUCAGCUUGCAGAGCCUGAAUGGGAGGCUUGCUCCCCCGGCCAGCCCCCAGGGACUUGCCCGAGAGAGAACUGGGCGAAGCAGGCAGAGCCCCCGGGAGCCACAAGCCCCAGCAGGGGAGAAAAGCCCACUGGGGAAGGGUGGGGGGCCCCUGGGCUCCCCCCAGAGAGCCUCCCAUCUUGACUCCAUGGCUGGGCAUGGCUGGGCAGGCCCCAGCUUCCAAAGAUUUAGGGAGGAGCCCCGGCCACCCCUGCUCCGCCCCUCAUUCAUUCCCCAGGAGGUCAAGUUGUCCAUCGAGGGCCGUUCAAAUGCAGGGAAGUGAAGCCCUGGGGGCCGGGUAAACUGUGUGCCACGCCAAGCUGGGCUUCAUCCAGUUUGGCUACUGCUCAGAUCCUCUUGGUACCAAAGGGAUGCCCAGCCCUUCUUCCAGCAGCUCUGUGCCUGAAAGCAUUCCAUGGACGGGGCUCUCUCCCCUCCCUUCCUUGCAGGGCAGUUCUGAGGGGGUGAGGGGCCAAGGCAGGCUCUAAAGGUAGUUGUUGCUCUGUCUGUGAGCAGUGUUGUGGAGUCCCAACCCCCCUUAUCAUGCAAGCACUUUACUAGGAUGCGUGCUCACACGUAGCAGGGCGCUUUCGCCAGGAAAGGGGGACAAAGGGCCAGGCCUCUCUCUGCUCAGGUCUGAAUCAAGCCGUUUUGCUCUAGGCAUCACAGCAGCAGCCCCUUUCUGGGCACUGAGUCAAGGGUGCUCGGACUUCUCCUCAGGGAGAUAUUUGUAUGCAAUUUCCUCACAAUUGGGGUUUGGGAGGGGAAACAGUCAAUGGCUGCAUUCUGUUCCAAUUGCAAGGCUGCUGAGUGUAUGCCCUGAAACCAAGUAGAGGGGCAGGGGGGGGGGGGGCGGACAGGUGAGAGUGUGUAUGUGUAGGCCAGUUCCAUGCACAAGUGUUAUUCCCAGACUGGUUUCUUCGGCCUGUCCCCAACUCUCCAUCUCCAAGGUAGGCUGUUAUUGGGCAUUGAAACAUUUGCCGCUGAGCCAGGUCAGAAAGUCCCGUUCUAGUCUGGCUGCAGUUGUGGAAGCAGCUCAGGUGACAGGCAGCGCCUCUGAAAGUGCGUGGCAGUUCUUGGAGAGGGCGUGCACGCGCACAUCCCUACACCCCUGGCCUUUGGGCUGGUUAGAUGAAAGCACUUCCCGGAAACCGUUUGGGGAUAUUAGGCCCACCUUAACCAGUUGCAGGUUUUGAAGGGGAUGGAAAGGGCAGAGAGCAUGGAAAUGGGGGGUUGCUUUGAUCUUAUUCUUUCAGUAGUGAUAAUUGCUCUUCUUUGGGCUUGGUGACUCAGAGCAGUAGUUUGAGACCACUUCUCAGCACCCCACUUUGGCUGGUCCCUGCUUGCUGCCCAACAGUGUGGCAUUGAGGUCCUUGCCAGCACUCACUCACGGCCUCCCUGACUGGCUGGUCACUUCAUCCACUCCCCGUUCUCUGUCUAUGAAAGGGGAAAGCACAGACUCGCACUUUGCUUUCCCGGCUGGAACCUUCUUGCUGCCUUCUUCCAGAGGGCCCAGCACUUUGCACUAUUCCUCGCCACCUUUUGGCCAAAACGCUCCACGGCCGGCCUUCACUUCCUCCCAGGCUCCUCCGGAUUGUCCUUUGUGCGCCUUCUGGACUGGACUGAUCUCCAUUGAAAGGCUGUGCCAGGCUCCGUCUCGGUCCCCCAGCUGCCUGACGCCUGGGGUGGCCAUUUUGGAAGGCCCGUGCUUCUUCCCUCAGGGCCUGGUGGGGGCAAGCUCGUAGGGCAUCAUGGCAGAGCAUUGUCAGCCCCAGCUGAGCUUGGUGUUUCCUCCCCCCUCCAUGUGCCCAUCUCUCCUUUGACUGCAGCUCCAGGCCUCUCUGGCUCUUGAGACUCGCACACACACUCCGCCGUGGUCCUGCUAGAGAGUCCACCUCAUUUGUGGUCCCAGAUCCCCAAAGUAUUGCCACUCUCUGAUUGGUUGACCACUGGCUGCCCUGCUCUCUGAAAUAUUCCCUCCGUUUGCAUGCAAUUUCCAGGUUUGGGUUGAGGAUAGAGCUGCAAGGUGUGGAAGCAUUUUUUGACCACAACUCCAGCUGGGGUUGCUUCCUAGAGCAAUAAGCUAUUUCUCUUGUGUGACGUUACAUCAAGGACCUAUGGGGAGUGGUAGUGGACGGUGGGACAGGCUCCCUCGUAUGCAGUGGCCUGGGAUGGGCACUGCCUGGCUGUGCCGUUGGCCAGUCCAGGGGCCGAGAGCUUGCCCAAGGAGUGGCGCUUGAGCGGGGGUGCCGGUGAACAAUGUCCCCGGGCCAUUUGCCAGGUCUCUCCCCCUCUAGCCCGUCCCCAGCUGUUUCUGUGCCCGUCUGCAAGAGCACACGUGCCUUUCCCCACAGGAAGCCUCUGGAAAUGCUCCUUGAUCGAGGAGGGCCUGAUCGCGGAGGAGGCCCCUUUGCUGCCCCAGUCUGGAGGUAAACAAGGAAGCCAAUUCUGAGGCCCAUCCCUACCCCCACCCCCACCCCCACCUGCAAUCGCUUGCAUAGCACCUUAGUUGGGGUGGGCCACCUGCCCAGAUGCCGCUGGCGGAAGGAGAGGGCUGGUGUGUAGCGAUCCAUCCCGGAAUGAACGCCCCCCCCCCCCUCACUGCAGCAGCCGCCUGCCUCAUAUCUAAAGCCUUAGGACUAGCUGAGCCCCUUCUCUCCCCUCUGACCUUUAAUGGAGUAUCACCUGUCUAUGGGGAGGGGGGGGUAAUCUGUUUUGUUGUGCUUUUUUUGUACCUGUUUUAAAUAAAUCAAUUUGUACUGUAUAUUUGUACUUUGGGUGAGAUCCUUUUUCCUGUUUUACCAUUUAAAGUCUCUGUACACAGAUUGUAUUUUUAUUGUUAAUGCUCUUACAAAUACUGCAUUUAACUUGUUGACUAUGUAAACAGUAUAUAUAUAUAAAUAUAUACAUAUAUCUAUAUAUCUAUAUAAUUAUAAGCCAAUAGCUUUU